AUGUUCUGGGCAUCAACUCUUGCAAAAGGCAGCUCCGUAGUUUUAACUCCUGGGUCCAAUGAUUGGGAUAUGCUUCACUUAUCACAAAUAAUCCUCAAAUCAGGCUCUUCAGUUGAAUCAACCAAUGUGUUUGUAUCAUCUAAGGGACAAAUACAUCCACUGGCAUGUCUUAAAAAUGACCAUGACUCUGAGUUCGUGGACUUGUACUUCAGUAAAAAUGAUAGCAUAACUAUCAGUUCUGAAGGUCCUGGAGAGGUCACACUUCUUGGUUAUGCAGAAGCUGAAGAAGAUGAAAUUGAGGCUCAAGAAUUCAGUGAUACUGAAGAAGUCCCAAAGCUUGUACCUGGGAGCGAGUCAGAAAGCGAUGAAGAAACAAACGAAGUCUUACCUGUAAAGAGACCUAUUCAAGCUCAAAAACCUGGCCAGCCAGAGAAUAAACCAAAACAAAAAGUCAUACAAAAAGCAGCAGAAAGUGAAGAGUCAUCAGGAGAUGAAGAAGAUUUAGAAGAAAAUGAAUCUGAGGACGAAGAAGAAAACCAAGAAAAGUUCGUGGAAUUCGGAAAUGAAAAAUCAAUGAUAAAAACACAUAAAAAAGAUUUCAGAAAGGAAGGAAAUAGGGAUUUCAGAGGCAAAAGAAAUUUUGAACCUAGAGGGAGAUCAAAUGAUAAUUUCAGAGGAGGAAGCAGCUUUAAAAAGAGAGAUUUUGGAGGAGAUAGAGACUCAGGAGAUUUUCCAAGUAAAAGAGGCAGAUUUAAUAGCAAUAGAGAAGGAGGCUUCAGAGGAAAAUCCGAUUUUGGAUCAAGGAGAGGAGGAGAUUUCAGAGGAGGUAGAGGUGGAAACUUCCGAGGUGGCAGAGGUGGAAACUUUCGAGGUGACAGAGGUGACAGAGGAGACAGAGGUGACAGAGGAGAUAGAAGAGGAGGAUUCAGAGGUGGAAGAGGAGACAGAAGGGGCGACAGAAGAGGAGGAUUUAGAGGUGGUCGCGGUGGCGAUUUUCGAAGACAAAGAAACUAA